AUGUCGCUGAAGCCGGCUUUAGACGAGAUUGAUUUGAACUCCCUGAGGGUAAGUCAUUAUUUAUGUCAGAAAGCCCAGUGCGUCAAUUGAGCUCCGGAAACAAUGGCCUAUGGGAAAAAAGAAAGUUCCUUCUGACAUUCCUCUGAACCAAUAUGAGACAAAAAUAAGGGCUUUUUGAAGUUCCUAAUAAAACAGAACUUGUGAAAUCGGUGUUUUCAGGAUCCAGCCGGAAUAUUCGAGUUGAUAGAAGUCGUGGGUAAUGGAACCUAUGGACAAGUUUACAAGGUGAGUCAUCCAUCGGAUGAGAAAAACAAAUUGUGUUCAAAGAGUAGUAUACUUGAUCCUUUUCUAGGGACGACAUGUCAAAACCGCUCAGCUCGCCGCCAUCAAGAUCAUGAACAUCAAUGAAGAUGAGGAGGAAGAAAUCAAGCUUGAAAUCAACAUGCUCAAAAAGGUAUAGUUCUGAACUUAUCGGUAAGAUCUUUAUUGUUUCGAUUGCGUUCAAAAAAAUACUGUUGGAAAAGAUUCGGAACUCGCUAUUUUUUUUUUUCAUUGAAAAUUGAUUGAUUGAGUUUUCUUGACAUAAAGUUCAGUUAUUUAUUUCAAGGAGAGGCGAUUGAAUCGAAAAGAUGGCUAUUUAGUUGGAGAGUCAAUUCAAAAGGAUUAAACUCAGAUAAUUUAAUAGAUCUGCUCAUUUUCAAACAUAAUUAUUAUACUGAGGUCUUGACAACGGAAAACAAUGGAAAUGCUUUUUUUGAGACAGUAGUUCAAAUGAAUUAUGUAUACAAUCUUUUUCGGCUAGUUAUCCUUCCUAUUCUCGAAUUAUUUCAACUUUGCGUUACAGUACUCUCAUCAUCGCAACAUUGCCACAUAUUACGGCGCUUUCAUCAAAAAACUGCCAUCGUCUACGGGCAAGCACGACCAGCUGUGGCUGGUGAUGGAGUUCUGCGGCAGCGGGUCUGUCACCGACUUGGUUAAAAACAGCAAAGGGGCGUCUCUCAAAGAAGAGUGGAUUGCGUACAUCUGCCGCGAGAUCUUGCGGGUUUGUUGCAAAAAGGAGAAGUGAUGAAAAAAUCCCGUGGAAUUUGUGCAGGGCUUGUAUCACUUGCACCAAAACAAAGUGAUUCAUCGGGAUAUCAAAGGUCAAAACGUCUUGCUGACGGACAGCGCCGAGGUUAAAUUGGUCGAUUUUGGUGUUUCCGCGCAGCUGGACAAGACUGUCGGCCGCCGGAAUACGUUUAUUGGGACUCCCUAUUGGUAAUGAGUGUGCGUCACGAAUGGGCUUUAUGUGGUUUUGCUGAACAGGAUGGCUCCUGAGGUCAUUGCGUGUGAUGAGAACCCUGAAGCGACCUAUGACUCCCGGUCCGAUUUGUGGUCUUUAGGUGGGUUGUUUGAGAAGAAAUCCCAUAGAUAUUGAAUUCGUGUAAAUCAAAAUGCCAUUGUUAUAUAUGAAGAAGAAUAAUGUUAUUCAAACUAGAAUUAGGAAUCACAAGUAGAAUUGAAGCGAAAAAAAAGCUUUCACUUCGAAAAAAAAGACGAGAAAAAUUGAAAAAAUUGAUCGAUCAGUUCGAGUUUAAAAAUCAUCGAAAAUUUUGAUUGAACUUGUAAAUAAUUUAUCUUUCAGGAAUAACUUCACUAGAAAUGGCUGAAGGACAUCCGCCUUUGUGCGACAUGCAUCCGAUGCGAGCACUUUUUUUGAUCCCUCGAAAUCCGCCGCCUAGACUCAAAAGAGUCAAGAAAUGGAGCAAAAAGUUCGAGGGAUUCAUAGGUUUGUUUUUUUUUUUUUUUCGUCAGAAAAAAGAGGGAAUAGUAGGGUGAAAAGUGCAAUGUGGAUAAAAAUAGACAAGAUGAAAAGUAUCGUUGCCCUUAACCUGAAAGGACAACAUGUCUAGAACUCUCAUUAAUCAUUAAGACUAGUGUGAAAAACAAAACCGUGAAAGAACUUAGAUUUGAGCGUAAAAACGAAAAAAAAGGAGGGGAAAAAUGAAUUCACGAAAAUCAAGGAAAACUUCAGAAAAUCAACGUGAACAGAAAAAUCUUGAACUUGAGAUAUAUUAAAAAUAAUACCAUCCAGUUUUUUUCUUAAAUUUUUCCGGUCAUAGGGUAAAAAAAUGUACUUCGAAACUGAGAAAAAUAAAAAUUUUCUGAGAGUCAGAAACAAAAAAAUAUAGGGAGGACUGCAAUAAUUUUCAGCGUAAAAUAGUACUUUCAGAAACGGUACUUGUGAAGGACUAUCACCAACGGCCUUACACGGACCAACUGCUGAGACAUCCGUUCAUAAGAGAGCAGCCACAGGAACGAAGCGUCCGAAUGGCAAUAAAGGAACACAUCGACCGGCAUAGACGGGUAAAUAGCAAAAAAGGUUUGCAGCUGCACACUUUCGCUAGGUUUAUGAUUCAAAUUUGAGACGAAACCGAGUACGAAUAUUCGGGCAGUGAUGAGGAAGAACCGAGCAAUGCGCGUGGAAAUCCGGCUAGCGCCAGAGAAGGUCAACAAUCUGAACUUUUUUCUGAUAGUCAUUAUCAAUGUGGCUUGGGCUAUGUCAGCUGAAAAAAAAACUUCUGAUUUAAAAUAUGCGAAACUGAUAUCUUCUCAUUAAUUUUUCAUUUAACCGAAGAAUCCUCCCAAAGCAUCGUUGGCAACAUUUUGAAGUGUCUGUACUUUUUCGAUUUCUCAAUGGUUAUAUCAUUCCUACUCUGGUUAAUUUUUGAAAAAAUGAUUCAAGAAAAAGCGCAUUUCGGUAAAAGUAAUCCUCAGAAAAAAAAACUUCGAGAAAGGAAAAGAAACUAAGAAAGCUUCAAUCAUUGAGUUUUUUUGAAGUUUCUAGUUUUUUUCUUUUUCAAAAAAAUGGUAGUUUUGAAUGUUUUCUUGAAAUGAAGUUAAUAAAAAGUAUUUCAAGCUCUGACUGCUUUCUUAAUUCCCCGGAGCUGAGCAGUGACUAAGAUCACCGUUUCAGAUGUGGAGAGUUGUUCAAUGAUUCCAAUGGACAACACCCUUCGAAAAGGAUUCCAAAGGCUUCAAGAAAAUAGUCGAGGGCUCGUUGAGCCUGGAGCCCAACAACUUCGUCGUCUUCCGGCCCAGCCGUCUCAGAUCCGUGGCCAACCUCAACCACAACCAAACCCUUUCAGGUACCAUCAUACUGUAGUUUUUCCCAAGUCAUUUCCGUUCUCCCAGGUACCCAGACAGCCGUCGCGAAGAUGUGAAAAUGCGGCAACACGGUGCAGGCAGCCGGCCUGAGUCAUCUUCGCGCGGUUCCCCUGCUGGCCGGCAGAGACCUUUGAGUCACCACCAGGUGAGCCUACUCAUGUCCCCGGCAAAGACCGAAGAACUUUGCAGCGCUCGCCACAACAGUCACACCCGGCUGCGCCACACCUUGCCGAUCUCGCGAAUUACGAGAAGCGGAGGCGAUCGGAGCGCGAAGAGCGCCGUGAACAGAGAGCAGGUGACCGGCGCCGAAAAAUAAACUGAAACCGGCAAAAUUUGCAGCCGCGCAUCAUGCCGUCCCGGUGGCUCGAAUUUCAGCCAAUGUGCCUGCGCCAGCCGGACAGUCGCGCAAAAUGAGUGAACCUUUGCUUCACAAUCAACAUUCCAAACCGGAAGUACGUAGUUUGAAGAUUCUUGAAAACCCUUGAAUAUCGAACUCGAUGGAAUGUGAGAAAAAAUGAGCAAAUAGAGCAGAUUUGGGGUGAAUGUAACGCUCAAGAUCAGAAAAUUUAAUUCGUGCAGUUUGCGUUUGUUAGGAAAGUCUGCUUUGAACUUCAGACUCAAUAAGACUGUUAAAAUGUUUGAUCUGGAUAAUUAAUAGGGAUUCAAACCGUUCAUGAUGAAAUAAUUCGAACAAUCUUCUUCACAGUUUUAUUAAUUGAGAUUCUGUCGUAACCAAAAAAAUAUCUGCUAAGCUUUAGUAAUUUGAUGAACUUUACACAAAGAUCUGCAGUUUCUUUAAAGCGAUUGAUAUUAUUUCGAAAUUUUUUUGUUUAAAAAAACAGUUUUUUUCCUAAUCAAAAAAAUCUCCAAUUUGUCUAAAAAAACUACAGACCGUUUGGCUUUAAAAAAAUGGAAAAUUAAGUUAUCAAAACUUUGAAAUAUCCGUUUUCUGUAACAUUAAAAAUAAAGGCAAACAGAUCUUUGACGAAAACCUUUUUAGAAGUAAUUUUUCAGUUUGAGUUUCAUAAAAAAAUAGUUUAGAUAUAAACGAAUAGAAAGUUGAAACUGAAAGGUCUCUUGAAUGACUAAUUGCCUAUUUUUUUGACUUAAAAAAAUUUCUAAUAAAAGUAUUUGAUUAAAUUUUUCUCCGGAUUCAUUUCUCAGAAUUUCUAACAGAAGAUUCCCAAGAAUUUCGAAAAAUUUUUUUCUAUCUCUAGGAUCUGGACGCGCUGGCGAGCGAACUUUCCAAGAUGGGUGGUCUGAAGAAAGGACUUUCCCGCGAAGAGAGUACUUCUCCUCCGCCACCGGCGCCACCACCACGAGAGUCUUCAAUCUCGACGAUCGCCGACAGCAUCGACGUGGUGAGUUAUCGAGAGAAAGUGUCUAUGUUUGGGCAUACAUUUGUAGGAGGUUGGCGGCGACGAAACACUUCGAGGGCCAAACAAACCAUUGCCUCCGACGCCUACCGAACACGAAAACACGGUCAUUUCCGACAUUCGGCGCCCGAUUAAUGGAGAGCGGCAAAUUACCAAAGCCAAAAGUAUCUCGGAGGUAUUUGGAGUUGAGUGGGAUUUUCGGACAAGUAGCUAGUUGUAGGUCAGACCAGCCGUUUUGCAAGUUGACGACGAUAUUGACAGCGACUCUGACAAUGACGACGGAAAUGAGCCUCUCAUGUUCAAGCCGAUUGUUGGACUCACGAUUUUUCAAUGUAAAAAAGAUUGAACUUCAGAACGCUUCAAGUUCUCGCGGAGCUCUUCCUGAUCUUCUGCCCAAGUCCCCUCAACUCAGAAGAUCUCUUAAUGAACAACGACAGCUCAGCGACGAACGAGGAGAAGAGGUUUCGAUUCUUUUCUUUGUUUUUGUUUCAUAUUCAAUAAAUAUAGAGCGCUUCACUUUUUGGGAGUUUCUACGUAAGUUUCAUGUUGUUUUUGUUGAUUUUUUGGACUUGUGAAAAGAUGAUGGGAAAUGCGAAUUUUUUGAAUUGUCGUCUUUUCACAAAUUCUUGCAAAGCGCAUUUAUUACCGUCCAUAUUAUGUUAAAGUGGUUUGAUUUUGAUUGACAGUGGAUCAUUCUGUGCACAAGAUUUGUUGUGAGCUGAAGCACCAUAUAAUUUUCAUUUCAAGGAAAUUUUUCGGUUUUCAGCAACCGAACAACGCAUUCUUGGCUAAUAUUGAGGCAAGAGCUUCAAUUAAGCAGCCGCUUUCGGCUCGGGACCGAGAAAAGUCGUUUGUUGGCUACUUUGGUGCGGUAAAUCAAGCUAGUGGAGGCACGGUUAAUCGACCAGGAAGGCCUCAGGAUACUAACCAAGUGCAGGUAAAACAUACGGUUGUGAGAGCAAAACAAGAGAAAAAAUCUUCAGGUCAAUGUUAAUCCGAAUUCGAACGGAACACCUACAGAAAGCGAUGCUCCAGAGAUACGAAAAUACAAAAAGAAAUUUAGUGGAGAAAUUUUAUGUGCUGCUCUGUGGGGAGUCAAUCUUCUCAUUGGAACGGACAGCGGCUUGAUGCUUUUGGACCGGAGUGGCCAGGGAAAAGGUGAUAUUUCAUUUUUUUAAAAAAAUUUCUCAAAACUGGCAACCGAUCAGAAAGUCGGCAUACGAUUUUCUCUUUGGAGUAAAUGUAACAAGACCAUUAUUGAUUUAAAUGAUCCCAAUUUGAUACAAUGAUCAAAAUCUUUUUCUAGGCUUUUUUUAUAUAGUUUGAAAAUCAUUUUGUUGUGACAAAAAAGGGACGGGAUCUUUUCACAUUUUCAUUAAAAAAAAGCAUGACUUUUUGAGAAUUCUUCAUUACGUCUAGCCUACAUCCAAAAAACACGGCAUAAACUAAUUAUUGGGUAGUAGCUCAAUUCAAAGUUUUCUUUUUCAGUUUACCAGUUGAUCAACCGCCGGCGGUUUGACCAGAUGGCUGUGCUCGAAGGCCAAAACAUCCUUGUCACGAUCUCUGGCCGCAAGAGACGCAUUCGUGUUUAUUAUCUCAGCUGGCUGAAACAAAAAAUCUUGCGCACUGAGGUCGGAUCAUCUCUUCCUAGCAACUUUGAAAGUUUUUUGCAGGGUGCCAAUACGGCAAAUACGGCCGAAAAGCGCAAUGGUUGGGUGAACGUCGGAGAUUUACAAGGAGCCAUCCACUUCAAGAUUGUUCGCUAUGAACGUAUCAAGUUCUUAGUUGUCGGAUUGGAGAACUCUAUUGAAAUUUACGCCUGGGCUCCUAAACCUUAUCACAAGUUCAUGAGUUUUAAGGUUUAUUCAGAAACUGAAUCAAAAAUAAAAUAAUUAUCUUUCAGACUUUCGGAUCUCUGACGCACGUGCCAUUGAUAGUCGACUUGACAGUGGAGGAAAACGCUCGUCUGAAGGUGCUCUACGGCUCGCACGAAGGCUUCCACGCAAUCGAUCUUGAUUCCGCGGCCGUCUACGACAUUUUCACUCCGAAUAAUGUUAUUUCCUGCCUCACAUAACAAAUGCACCGUAAUCGUGUUUUGCAGGGCCAACAAAGCACGACGCCUCAUUGCAUCGUCGUGUUGCCCAACACGAGUGGGAUGCAGCUUUUGCUCUGUUAUGAUAGUACGUUUCAAGAAGAUUCUCGGAAAAAUGAAAAUAUCGACUCACCCGAAAAUUUCUGGGAAUAAGAUGUUCAUAUUGGGUAAAAAAAUAAAUAAUAGUUUAAUUUUUAAAUGUGUUACGCUUACUUUUUGAAAUUUGACCUUUUUUUCUAGCUGUUUGAUGGAAAGAACUUUUUUUCCAGAAAUUAAAAAAAAUAUACUCUCGAAUUGUCAGCAAAGAUGCUCUUUUUUUGUUUUUUUCACCUGAUAACAGUUUACUUGAUUGAGGCAAACUCGAUUUGCGCCAUUCAGGUUAAAAUUAAAAAAGGUUCCUACUCGAAUAUUGAAUAACAGUAACCUUUUAUAGAAUGAAAAAUACAUACUUUUUUCGCAGAAAAAAAAUGAUAGCAAUUGAAAUGUAUCGUUAUAAGAAGAUUAAAUUUGAAUUUUCUUGAAAAAAAAUCGAGUUUUUCAGACGACGGUGUCUAUGUGAACACCUACGGGAAAAUGACGAAAAACGUAUGUCUCCAGUGGGGAGAAAUGCCCAGCAGCGUCGGUAAGAGUUUUCUUGAGACUCUUCCGUUAAGAAGCAAUUACCUUGCAGCCUACAUCUCGACAGGCCAAAUAAUGGGCUGGGGCAACAAAGCGAUCGAAAUCCGAUCCGUCGACACAGGUCACCUAGACGGCGUCUUCAUGCACAAAAAGGCGCAAAAGCUCAAAUUCCUGUGCGAGAGGAAUGACAAGGUCUUUGAAACGGGAGUUUCAUAUAACUAUCAUAAUCAUUUUGAAGGUGUUUUUCUCAUCGGCUAAAGGAGGCGGAUCCUGUCAGAUCUACUUCAUGACUCUCAAUAAACCUGGCCUCUCCAAUUGGUAA